AUCGACAACCCGCGCUAAACGGUCAACGGAGAAAGGGAAGUGUUGUCAAAGCGUGCACUGAGGCGACCUCGAAGGAGCGCCGUUGCAAGCGGUGAGUGUUUGCACCGACUCGCCUUGACAAUCGUAUCGCCUGCUUCGCGGAGCUACCGUCAUCCGAGGAGUGCGACGCAGCGAACGGCCCCGAAACUCCAUACCCGCGCUGAUCUUCUUAUCUCCUUUGGCAGUGAGGAAAAAAAAAAGUGUAUACAAUAACAAGAACGACAUUGGCCGGCAGUAGCGCGAGUUCGAGAGAAGCGUACGCCAGCGGAAAAGACACCUGCCCUCGUGCUGACCUGCAAGGAGCGAUCCCGCAAAAAGAAACAAACAGGUGGCCAUCGAACCACGCGCUGGUUCGACGAUCGUAGUUAUCUCGACUGUCACAGCUGGCGCAACUGCUGACCAACAGGCUCGGGUUACAGAAGGUCAAGCUGGCCAUACCGGACGUCGAGACCUUUUAGCGUAGCGCGGAGAAGACACGGCAAGGUACGGCUUACGCGUAUACUACGUCGCCCACUGGAAGAAGCACGCGCAGUUAUAGACCGCAAGCCACAAUGACGCAGCGUGUGCCAUCCGCGUACCGCGCAACGUUCCUGGUCCUUCUGACCACGUCGCUGGCGGGCCAUUGCUGGGCCGCGUGGAAAUCCUGCACGGCCAACAACGGUCAGGUCCUGGACUUGUCGGUGGACACACCCUGCAACAAGGACCGCUACGUCCUGCAGAAAGGCACUAACGUUACGCUCAACGUCCAGUUCUGGUCGUCCGUGGACAGCGACCAAGUGAAGGUCCGCGCGCACGGAUUCGUGAUGGGUAUGCCCAUCCCGCUCAAGAUGCCCAACGAGGACGGCUGCAAGGACAGCGGCAUAGAGUGCCCCGUGAAGAACGGCGAGAGGUACGCGUACGUGCAGAAGUUCGAGGUCAAGCCUUCCUACCCGAAGAUGAGUGCCAACCUGAGGUGGUCGCUGGGUGAUUCGAACGGCGGCACCGUGGCCUGCGUCGUCUUGCCCGUGGAGAUCAUCGAGUGAUUGACUAGCCGGAUGCACUGUGCU